AUGAGAAGCCAUCUCAGUCCGAAUGCCGAUCGAACACACCAACAGCAGAAACGCACCAUCCUCGGCAAGCUUCACAAUGACGAGAACACCGGCACGCAGCGGUCGUUCAUGCUUAAACUCACAGACGAAUGCAAUCAGGCGCUGGGCAAGGCCAUCGAGUUGAACUGGCCGGUGCGGGUCAUCUCAACAAAGACGGUAAGGGGUUUAUUCUUUAUGUUUUUUAGGCUUGGAUGUUGUUUUUGCCAAGUUGUUUAUUUUUUCAAUCUCAUGAAAUAAAAACAGUUUUUUGAAGCUUUGGUUAGGAAAAAACUUGUAAAAUAUAUUAUACUUGACCCUUUGUAGCUUUCAGCCCUUGUUUUGGCACUUUCUUCAGCUUUUUACUAUAAUUAUUGAUCAUUAUCUUCUUCAGGGUGUUAUCAUGGAAGUCGGAACUAGUUCCUCCUCCGUAACCAAAUUCAACUGUAGCCAGCAAGCGUUAAAUGGAAGCCUGGACGCCGUAUGUCAAGAUGCCACCACCUCGUUCCACAAUGUCUCAUCGAUCAAAACCAAACUUGUAGUUAAUGCCACCGACAAGACUUUCGCCGAAACGCGAGAAAAGGCGGCGAAAUUGGUCGAACUCGAAGCCAAGAAAAAGACCAAAGAGACAGACUUGGGGUGAGUAAUAUCAGGCAAUGAUAAUUUGUUUCGGUGUUUAGGAAGAACUCGAUGAACAACAGGAAACGGCCGCUGAAUACGGUUCCAUUAAGCAACAAAGCCAACUUGUUUGCUAAAGUAAGUUUUAAAUUUGGUUUUUGGCUGAUUUUGUUUUUCUGGUUUGUUAUGAUGGACUUGGUGUUUGAUCACUGAGAGUUCCGCUUGGGAAUGUUGUGACCGUUCGAAAAAAGUGUGAUAGAAUCAUAAGGGUUUACGUUUUGUAGAGGGCUGUCAAGAGAUGUUUGAUCUACCACAUUUAGGUAAUAAAUAAAAAUAAAAUUUGCAUUUUUUGUUAUUUUUUUAUUUGUUUUAAGCAUGGUAUGAGCGGAAUACUAAGUUUUAGGUAUGAAAUAAAACACGAAAAUUAUUUUAGGUAUCAGUUUGGUAGGUUUUGGUUUUUAGUUAUCAAAUUUGGACAAAUUUUAGAAAAAAAUUAGUGAUCUUAAAAUUUGCAUAAUGGGACAGAUAUUUAAAUUUAGAUAACAAUUAUUAACUUUUUAUUUACAGCCCAACCCUUCGGCUUCAAAACGGACCUCCCCUCCUGUCCCACCGACUGGUAAGUAAAAAAAACGAAAUAAUUAAAUUUGAAAUUAUUUUAAAACCAGAAACCAAUUUUCAAACAAGAGAAUGGCAAACCAAAUUUGCAUAAUUUUUGCACUUUCGGUUUGCCUUCUAUAUAAAUAGCCGACAAAAACUAAGUUUGGGAUCAGUCUUGUUAUGAUAUGAGCUUGCUUCAGGUUCGAAAGCCCAGCGUCCUAUUGUUAAUCCGAAGGUGUCUUCAGCUGUUACAGGACUCGUGCAGAACAAGGCCGAGCUACUAAAGCGUACCAUCAGGGAGCGGGUGAUUCAUUUGUGUGCCGGAGGCAAGUACCGCAGCGAGGAAGAAGUCCUGGAUCGUCUCAAGUUUGAGGGUGUCGCCAAAAAGGACAGCUUGGAGAAGGCGUUGGCCGAGGCCAAGGUAGUUUUCGCCGAAGUGAGUCCUAGUUUUGGUGUUCGGUAGCUGAUGUUAACGGUUUUUGGGUUUGUAGAGGGGUGUUGAUUGUUUUGGAGAGGUUUUGAGCUAAGAUUUGAAUUUUUGGGAGUUUUGAACGUAUUUUUAAGGUUUUUGUGGGAUGCCUUUAGUGUUUUAGAGGAUUUUCUAGGUGAAAUAUGGAUUUUUGAGGUUAUUGGAAGUUAUUUUAAAGUUUAUGGGUUUUAGAAGAUGAAAUUUGUUAAUUUUUGCUAUUUUUAAGGUUUAAAAUCGUAUUUAUGGGUUUAUAUAGACGUUCGAAGUCCAAUUUAAUUUUUAUUAUUAAUUUUAAACUUCCAGGUCGCAACUCACGAGCAGGACGCGGUGAGUGUGAAACCGGAGUUGUACAACGAGAUCGACAUCAAAUGGCCAGGGUUUGUGUCGUCGGAAAAGGCGCGGGCUCGUCGUUUAAUAUCCACCCAAUCUCAUAAUGCAUCCAUGUCGGUGGCCCCAUCACGGAAGAGUGGCGUGGCCCCGGUCCUGGCUCCAAGUGGUCCUCAUGGGUCCGGGUCUAGUGCAAAAUCUCAAUCAUCCUCAACCCCAGUGAAUUGUAAGUUUUUGAUUUUUGUUUUGGUUUUAGAGCGAAAUGUGAAGCGAAAUUUGAAUUUUUCUGUUUUAUUAUCUAAAAUAUUACUUGUUGAAUUUUUUUAAUCCUAAUAUUUUAGCAUCCGAAUCUCAAAGCCUUCGAAAAACUCCGCCAGUUGUAUCUCCGCCAGAACCCAUGCCCCAGCUCGAUGAGAAGUCGAGAAAACGUGUAGCUAGUCCAGUCGUACCUCCUCAAUUCCCAAAACAACCCAAACGUGAUUCGCCUGAACUUACCGUAACCAGUUCCGCCUCAUCUACAGUAUCUCCCGGUGAUGAAAUCCUACCGAAACGCCUGGUCCAAGUCCCAGACUUUUGCAAAACCAACGGACCUCCCCAAGGACCAUUGAACUCGAUGGUACAAUGUCCGACGGACUGGGAGAAGGUGUUCCCAAUGGUACAGGAUGCAGAUACAUGUGUUCGGUACCAUGAGUUGUUUGAGGUUGGUGUUUCUUUUUUUUGUAUUUUUUUAUUGAUUUUUGUUACAGUUUAUAGUAGCUAUAAAGGUUAUUUUUACAUUUUUUUUUGUUAAAUAUAGGGUAAACUAGAACUUUUUCAUGGUUCGGCUUUGGUAUUUUAUGAUAUAACUUUGUAAUUGUAUAUCUUUCAGUCAGAGUACCCGGUGUACCGGAAAUGCUACGAAAAGCUGGCCAAGGUUUCGAUGGAGUUUAACGAUCUGAAGCGACUGUUUGACCGAGCUGCCUUGAACUCUAGUGAGCAAAAGGAUGUAAGUUUCUUAUUAUUUUUUUUAUUUUUAGUUGAUUACAAUAUAUGAUUCAAAAACUGCGCAGAAUUUUUUGGUUUCAACCAUUUUCAAAAUGAAUUUUUGUUUAAAAUUUUUGGGAAUUCCACUCGUUUUGGAACUAGUUAUAAUUCGUGUUCUUUUAAAUUAUGCACCUUAAACAGACGAUGGUGUUUAAUUAUUUGCAAAGAAAAUGAAUUCCAACCAAGGAUAAGACGUUUGAUCAUGUGAAAGAUCAAAAAUGAUCUUUAUAUAAUUAAAAUUGGAAAGAUAUUAAUCAAAAGCAGGGCUUGAACUUGAUUAAAAUCAUUUUUUAAAUAUUCUUCUAAACCUUCUUUUAUUGCUUAAAAUUCAAUAUUGAUCAUAGUAUGUAAUUUAAAAAAAUAUUUAUCAAAUUGUUAGUUUAUUGCCAUUCAUUUUCAGCUUCUCCGCCGAAUCUACGACCGCUACCACGAGUACCAAUCGGACGAGGACUUUUACGGCUGCCGAACCAAGCAUGCUAGCCUUCACCGCAAACUGGCCGUCCUGAAACGACGUAUAAUGGAAUGGGAUCAGCGAAUGCUCAACGGGCAUGGACUUUCGGGAUUUGACCCUGCCCGCGACGACGUCCGACAUCGUCGCUCCCUCUCAAGUGGCAACUCAGCCAGCUCCACCACCUCCAUGGACAGCUCCGGCAGUGGUCCACAUGGCUAUGAUGAAUAUUAA